AUGGCGAAGAAAGAACUCUUGAGCAGCGACAGCGACAAUUCCGACGUGGAAGAGGGUGGAGCUAGUCUUAAUGGCACGGAUUUGAAAGUCAACGAAUCCUAUGCCCGUAAGUUUGAGCACAACAAGAAACGAGAGGAGAAACAACGCUUAGAGGAGAAGUUUGGAAAGGCAACCGGCAAACGGAAGCGAGAUCAGCAAGAUUCUGAGAACGAUUCGUCGACAGAGGACUCGAGCUCAGACGAUGAAGAUGAAGGAGAACUAGCAACGGCUGCUGUGGACUCGGAAAUUCUCGCCACUAUCCAAGCAAUCCGGUCAAAAGACCCUCGCGUUUACGACAACAAUGCUAAAUUCUAUACCGCAUUAGAAGCCGAUCCAAGUGCGGCCAAGACGAAGCAAGAGAAGCCUAUGCAUUUGAGAGACUAUCACCGGCAAAAUCUGCUCAACGGAAUCAAUGAUGAGAACGACGAGAGUAAUCCUCUCACGUACGAUCAAGAGCAAGAGCAAUUGAAGCGAUCGGUGGUGGCUCAAAUGCAUGCCGCUGUUGAUGGUUCCGAAGCCGAGUCAGAAGAUGAGUUUCUCGUGGCCAAAGAGAAGCCGCAACGUCAACCAGAAGCACCGCUAGACGUUGAGAGUGCAGACAAGGACCCCGAGACCUUCCUCUCGAAUUUCAUGUCAUCUCGCGCAUGGACGCAAGAGAAUGACCGUCAGUUGCAGCCCUUCGAAUCAGACGACGACGAAGAGGAGCGACGGGCGGAAGAAUUCGAGCAAGCGUACAACCUACGUUUCGAAGACCCAGCCAAGUCGAACGAGAAACUCCAGACACACGCUCGUGACCUUGCGACAAAGUAUUCUGUGCGCAGAGAUGAAACGAAUCCUCGCCAGCGGAAACGUGAGGCUGAGAAGGCGGCCAAAGCAGCCGCAAAGCAGCAAUUGCGCGAAGAGAAGGCUCGCUUGCGUAAGUUAAGGGUGGAUGAAGUUGAAGUCAAAGUACAGAAGAUCAAGGAGGCCGCCGGCUUGAGCAGUCGCAACUUGGAGCCUGAAGACUGGCAACAUUUCGUUGAUGAGGACUGGGAUGACGCUAAAUGGGACGAGGAGAUGCGAAAACGGUUUGGUGAGGAUUAUUACGCUGGCGAGGAAAUCAACAGCGACGCGGAUGACGAUCAAGAGCAGCGGACUCGGAAGCCCAAGAAACCCAAAUUCGAAGAUGAUAUUGAUAUCAAGGACAUAAUACCCGAAUUUGAAGACGAGCCCGAGAAGCCUGACAUCAGCUUGUCGGACGAAGAGCUGCCAAACGCUGGCGCUCCUAACUCGAAGAAGCGAAAGCAAGCCAAGGAGGAAAAGAAGCGAGACGCCAAAAGAGAUCGACGUAUCAUUGAACAGCUCGUGGACGACCAGCUACAACUGGAGCUUGACCACGCUCUCCCGAGGUCGAGCAAGAAUAACAGUGCUUUCAGGUACCGCGAAACGUCGCCAAAGAGCUUCGGCCUGACUUCGCGGGAUAUCCUUCUGGCUGAUGAUGCUCAGCUGAACCAAUUUGCCGGUCUGAAGAAGCUGGCCGCUUAUCGCGAUCCAGAGAGAAAACGCAAAGAUCAGAAGCACUUGGGUAAGAAGGCAAGACUGAGACAAUGGAGGAAGGACACCUUUGGCAACGAGAAUGGCAUGCAACUAUCUGAGCUGGUUCCUGCCGAACCACAGCAGUCAACGGGCCUUACUGGCGAGGACGAUGAAGGUGGUGUGAACAUUGUCGAAACAGGGAAGAAGAAGAAACGCAGGGGCAAGAAGCAGAAGACAGCCGGCGCAGCUUGA